ACCCACUGACGACACAAAUCCAGCCAUUCUUCUUGUCGCUCCCUUCUUGUUACCAUUCCACUGUCAAGGGUGCUGACAAUAGCUGCGCAUCUCUCAGCUCAUAUCUGGCAGUUGGAUCACAGACAGACACAGUAGCCCUAUUGCCAUGAUGAAGACUGCCAUUGUGUUGGCAUUAGCCCUAAUGCUGACCACAGUGUCCUCUCAGACAUUCCACUGGGGUUCCUGUCCCAUCGUACCAGUACAGCUAGACUUUCAGCUGGCUGGGUAUUUAGGAACGUGGUAUGAAAUUGCAAAGCUCCCAGCAGCCUUUGAGAGAGGCAAAUGCAUCGAAGCUCAAUACUCUCUAAGAUCUGACGGGACCAUCAAAGUGCUUAAUAGUCAGACAGUUAAAGGAAAAGUGAAGAGCAUUGAGGGCACAGCUGUUGUGCAGAACUUGUUGGUGCCAGCAAAGCUUGGAGUUAGUUUUUCCUACUUCACCCCCUACAGCCCAUAUUGGAUCUUGUACACUGAUUACAAAAACGUGGCGGUGGUUUACUCCUGCACUGAGUUCCUGAGGAUGUUCCACAUCGACUACGCCUGGAUCCUGUCUCGCACCCGCGUUCUGCCUACUUCAUUCAUCGCCAUAGCCCAGGAGCUCUUAACUGGGUUCAGCAUCGACAUCAGCAGAAUUACUUUCACUGAUCAGCUCGGAUGUGUUUAAAUGAUUCAAGUAACAGUUAGAAUUUACACACUUACCCCAAAUAUAUUCAAUCAACCGAAACGAAUUUGAUCCGUGAAGUUUGUUUUUUAGUUUUGCACUGGCGCUAUGAGGCUAAUGUAACUAACAUUUAAUGGAAGCUUAAACCGAGCCACUUGCCAUCGUGCUAACUGACUACUCCACCACACACUUGCCUCUCAAAGUACAUCAGGAUGUUAAAGCUGCACUAUGUAAGAUUUGGGGAUUUGAUGACCUCUUUGGUGGAAAUGUGUAAUUGCACUCAACAUGCGGAAAAUACAUUUUUGGCGAAUUUCCGCAGCAUAGUAUGGCUCAACUCUACUCGACUCAACUCGACUCGCUUUUGGUACCAUCUGCUUCGCUUUCCACUGCAGACUAAAUGUAGCUGGUCGUCAUAGUGACACCACACGAAACUGCCGUGAUGUGAAGGAGACAAAUUUUGUUCAGAAGAGGCUGAUGGCAGCAGUCUGCAGUUUUUCCACAUCACCUUUCGGUAUCAGCUCAGCUCACUCGGAACCUUGAUUUUGCAUUUGAGAUCUAAACAUCGAGCCGGACCUUCUUUCUAAGUCUGUGUGUUGAGCUUUUGAGUGUGCCUGUCCAAGAAAUUCAGCCCGACGCCUCUGACUUUUAACCUCUUGAAAGGCCAGGGCCAGAGUUUUAUUACACACUUCUGUAACCUAAGAAUAGCUCCACCAGUUUGCACUGAAGUCCCUGUAGUUAUUGAAUAAUAAGACUUGUAAGGGGUUAAAUGAUUUUUUCAGGGUUUACAGGCUGACUUGCAGCAGCGCACGGCUAUUUUAUUUUAGCGUGUCUUUUACCCCUCCUGACUCAGUAAUGCUACUUAUUUUCAUUGGAAAAAAACAGUCUUACAUAGUGCAGCUCUAAGUCAUCUCAAAUGGACUUAAUUGUGUUCAGUGACACUAUGAAAAUGGACAAACAUAUGGACAAAGUUCAGACUUCAAGAUGGCUGUUACUAUGUUUUAUGUUUUGAAAGAGCAAAACUAACAAAGCAAACUUUACAUACCAAACACGUCAUGGCUGAUCAACUAUAUUUGGGUAAAGGGGAAUCUGUUUAAAUCUGAACAGAUACUGCUUGCAGUAUCAAGUAUCACUGAUGAUUAUGUUUAUAGUGCAAAUCUUACUUAUGAUCAAUCAUUGCUGAAUGUCACAUUACUGAAUACUUUUACAGUUUUAAGCUCUUUAAAAUCAUGUAUUACCACAUUAACUGACUUCAGUUACAUCACUUAUAUAUUCUACAGUAAAUGAUUGUGUUGAAUAAAAGCUUGAUUAUCAAGGUGGCUCUGAA